AUGUCCCACGCUCCAAUUGCAUUGCUCUCUGUUUAUGACAAGACCGGUCUCUUGCCGUUCGCCCAAGGGCUCAAAUCGUUGGGGUUUCGUCUUCUGGGAAGUGGUGGGACGGCCAAGAUGAUCCGUCAAGCUGGUAUCGAGAUCGACGACGUAUCGAGCAUCACCAACGCACCGGAGAUGUUAGGUGGCCGAGUGAAAACUCUUCAUCCAGCUGUCCACGGCGGUAUCCUCUCCCGCGACAUCCCCUCCGACCUCGCAGACUUGGCAACGAAUCAUAUCUCCCCUAUCACCCUCGUGGUGUGUAAUCUGUACCCUUUCGUUCUUCAGACCUCCAAACCUGAUUGUAGCCUCGCCGAUGCCAUAGAAGAGAUCGACAUUGGAGGUGUGACCCUUCUUCGUGCGGCUGCUAAAAACCACGCCAGAGUCUCCAUCGUCUCUUCCCCUUCCGACUAUGAAGUGAUACUGGACGAAUGGAAGGCCAGUGGGAGUGUUUCAGACGCUACGAAACGUGGUCUGGCACUCAAGGCGUUUGAGAGUACGAAAAGUUACGAUGAAGCAAUCAGUGAUUACUUUCGGAAGAUGUACUCGAGUGUGGACACUUCGGAUGAGAUGAGAGCGGGUGCUGGUGUUCAAACUCAGAGGAUGGCUCUGAGAUAUGGUGCGAAUCCUCAUCAGAAACCUGCACAGGCGUUCGUGGAACAAGGCGAGAUGCCAAUCACCAUCCUAUCCGGUUCACCAGGUUACAUCAACCUCCUCGACGCACUAAACUCCUGGGCUCUGGUCAAAGAACUCUCCCAAGCUUUGAACCUCCCCGCAGCCGCUUCCUUCAAACACGUCUCCCCAGCUGGUGUCGCCGUCGGUCUCCCUCUCGAUCCCACGUCUGCGAAAGUAUUCGGAGUGGAUGAUAUGCCCAAUCUGUCCCCGCUGGCUUGCGCCUACGCUCGUGCUAGAGGAGCGGACCGUAUGUCUUCUUUCGGUGAUUUCAUCGCGUUGUCAAGCACGGUAGAUGUGGACACUGCUAAAAUUAUCUCGAGGGAAGUCUCGGACGGAGUCAUUGCGCCGGGAUAUGAGGAAGCUGCUUUGGAGAUUCUGAAAAAGAAGAAAGGUGGGAAGUACUGUGUGCUUCAGAUGGAUCCUACGUACGAACCACCGGCAAUUGAAACUCGUCAGGUGUAUGGAAUCUCGUUGCAGCAAAAGAGAAACGACUUUAACAUCAACGCUUCUUUGUUCAAUAAUGUCGUGACGAAAGAAACCGAGCUACCCGAAUCAGCCAUCACCGAUCUCAUCGUCGCCACACUCGCUCUCAAAUACACCCAAUCCAACUCCGUCUGUUACGCUCUCAACGGUACCGUCAUCGGUCUCGGCGCCGGUCAGCAAUCGCGUAUACACUGCACCCGCCUGGCAGGUGACAAAGCGGAUAAUUGGUGGAUGCGACAUCAUUCUCGAGUUCUCUCUCUCCCGUUCAAGCAAAAAACCAAGAGAGCAGAUAAAGCCAACGCUAUUGACUUGUUCGUCACUGAUCAAGUUGGUGAAGGAUCAGAAAGACAACAAUGGGAAUCUUUAUUCGAAAUUGUCCCCGAACCUCUGAGUGUGGAAGAAAGAAAAGAGCACAUGGCCAAAUUGACUGGAGUGGCUUGUUCAAGUGAUGCUUUCUUCCCUUUCCCCGAUAAUGUUCAUAGGGUCAGGAGAAGUGGUGUGAAAUAUCUCGCUGCCCCUAGUGGUAGUAUCAUGGAUUCUGCCUGUAUUGAAGCGGCCGAUGAAGCGAGUAUAGUUUUCUGUCAUACGAAUUUGAGAUUGUUCCACCAUUAGCAAAGGUCACGAAGCGAUCUUCUGGGGUGUUAAGUGCAAAAGUGAAUCAUAUCCCAUACGAAAAAUGCAUGUCCAAGAUUAUCCUGG